CGACCUUCCACCCUACCUCCUCCAAAAUACAACCCCCAAAUAACCCCCAUUCCUUUUUUUGCUCAAUUUCGACACUCGAUCCGCAAGACAAGAUGGGUUACGAUAAGACAGACGAUCUGACCAUCAACACCAUUCGGGUGCUGGCCGCCGACGCGACCUUCAAUGCCAACUCAGGCCACCCUGGUGCCCCUAUGGGCAUGGCACCCGUUGCCCACGUUCUUUUCAACAAGUUCCUAAAGUUCAACCCCAAGAACCCCAAGUGGUUGAACCGUGAUCGCUUCGUCCUCUCAAACGGCCACGGCUGCAUGCUCCAGUAUGCUCUGCUUCACCUUUACGGAUACGCCCUGUCCAUCGAUGACCUCAAGGCCUUCCGAAGCGUCGACAGCAUUACGCCCGGCCACCCCGAGGCUCACGACACCCCCGGUAUCGAGGUGACCACUGGUCCUCUCGGCCAGGGUAUCUGCAAUGCCGUCGGUCUCGCCAUGGCCCAGGCCCACACCGGCGCUGUGUUCAACAAGCCCGGCUUUGAGCUGGUCAACAACUACACAUAUUGCUUCCUGGGUGAUGGCUGCCUGAUGGAGGGUGUCUCCUCCGAGGCAUCCUCCCUCGCCGGUCACCUGCAGCUGGGCAACCUGAUUGCCAUCUACGAUGACAACCACAUCUCCAUCGACGGUGACACCAACCAGGCCUUCACUGAGGAUGUCGUCAAGCGAUACGAGUCGUAUGGCUGGCAGGUCAUUACCGUCGCUGAUGGCGACAGCGACCUUGCUGGCAUCGAGGCCGCCAUCAAGGAGGCCCAGUCCGUCAAGGACAAGCCUACCAUCAUCAAGCUGCACACCACUAUCGGCUUCGGCUCCAAGCAGCAGGGCACCCACAGUGUCCACGGCUCCGCUCUCAAGGCCGACGACAUCAAGCAGCUCAAGGAGAAGUGGGGCUUCAACCCCGAGGAGAGCUUCGCCGUGCCCCAGGAGGUGUACGAGCGCUGCGGCAAGGCCUCUUCUGCCGGCGCCGCUGCCGAGCAGGAGUGGGAGAAGCUCUUCGCCAGCUAUGGCGAGAAGUACAAGUCUGAGCACGACGACCUCGUCCGCCGCCAGAAGGGCGAGCUGCCCGAGGGCUGGGAGAAGUCCCUGCCCGUCUACACCCCCAAGGACUCCGCUGUCGCCUCCCGGAAGCUGUCCGAGAUUGUCCUCCAGAAUAUCCACCAGGUCAUCCCCGAGCUGUUUGGUGGUUCCGCUGAUCUGACUGGCUCCAACCUGACCAGGUGGAAGGAUGCUGUGGACUUCCAGCCUCCCGCCACCGGCCUGGGUGACUAUACCGGACGCUACGUCCGCUACGGUGUCCGUGAGCACGGUAUGGGUGCCAUCCUCAACGGUCUGGCUGCCUACGGCACCAUCCUGCCAUAUGGCGGUACCUUCCUCAACUUUGUCUCCUACGCUGCCGGUGCCGUCCGCCUGUCCGCCCUGUCUCAGGUUCGCACCCUCUGGGUCGCCACCCACGACUCGAUCGGUCUUGGUGAGGAUGGUCCUACCCACCAGCCUAUCGAGACCCUGGCCCACUUCCGUGCCCUCCCUAACUGCAUGGUGUGGCGCCCCGCCGACGGCAACGAGACGAGCGCCGCUUACUACGUUGCCCUGACCUCCAAGCACACCCCCAGCAUCAUGGCCUUGUCCCGCCAGAACCUCCCCCAGCUCGAGAGCUCCACCAUCGAGCGGGCCAUCAAGGGCGGCUACGUCCUGCAUGAUGUCGAAAAUGCCGACAUCACCCUGGUGUCCACCGGUUCCGAGGUGUGCAUCUGCAUCGAUGCUGUCAAGGAGCUGGAGAAGAAGGGCAUCAAGGCCCGCGUGGUGUCCAUACCCUGCUUCGAGGUGUUUGACGCCCAGCCCCAGGACUACCGCCUGUCGGUCCUGCCUGAUGGCAUUCCUUCCCUGUCCGUCGAGGUGAUGAGCACCAUGGGCUGGGAGCGCUACACACACGAGCAGUUCGGUCUGAACCGGUUCGGUGCCUCGGGCGCCUACAAGGAUGUCUACAAGAAGUUCGAGUUCACCCCUGAGGGUGUUGUCAAGCGCGCUCAGGCCACUAUCGACUUCUGGAAGGACGUUCCUAACAUCCGGUCGCCUCUGAACCGGGCUUUCAAGCAGAUCAUUUAAAGAAGGCGGGAGAGAGAGAGAGAGAGUAGAGGCGGUGACGAGUACCCGGAAAAGAAAGUAGUUAUGAAUGGGAAGAAAUUCAAAGAUAGAACAGAGUGUUUUUGUCCUUUUUGAUGUGUUUACGCUAGUUAAUGUACACCAUACCAGAAGGUACAUGCCG